UGUUUCAUUUCAUUAGCCCUUGACUGGUGAGAAAUCAGAUCCUGAAGUUGCGUUAUGUGCAUGGACCAGUGGGGAUGUGGUCGUUUUAAAACCAAAUAAUCUGAUACCACACAAUUUUCCUUUAAACCAAUAACAACCGUAGCAAGGUCACGGUGGACGUGGUAAGUUAAUUUUGCUGUCGACUUCAUACUUUUUUGGAGGCCUGAGGAAAAACACAUAACGUUAAGCUAACGAUAAGUAGCCACCAUGUCGUGGGAAGAAAUGCCUUGUUUUUUGGCCUCGCCUUUACCCAGUUUUUCUGCUCUCUGAUCCCACUGGACAAAACAAGCAAAGUUUACUAGCUUUCCAGCCAUGGCGGACAGCUUUGGAGAGCAGUCCAGUGGCGGUGCCCAUGGUUUAGGCGUUACCGGACAGGGCAGCGGAGCUUCGCCGCUGCCGACUUUGGCCAACUCUCUGCCGGGGGGACACUCGGCAGCCAGCGGUGCUCACUCCAGCUCUAACCCUGCCUCCCCUCUUCCCGCCGUGGCCGCGCAGAGUGGCCUAACGGCUGUGGUGGCCCCUAUAUCCGCUGUCACUGCUACAACAGCCGGUUUUGGGAACACAUUUACCCCCGGCUCCUCGCCACCCAUUGUGGCCGUGUCUCCGACCGUACACGCCUCCUCGCCUCUCCCCGGUGUUGGGCUAGGGGUCGGCGGGGUGGCCGGAGCGGGCCUAUUGUCCCAAAUCCACGCCACUUCCUGGGACCCGACCCUCAGUACCGACUGGGACAACGAGAAGGCUUCCCAGCAGUGCAUCCUGAGGAUAAAGAGAGAUAUCAUGUCCAUCUACAAGGAACCUCCACCAGGGAUGUUUGUCGUCCCUGAUCCUCAAGACAUGACCAAGAUCCAUGCCCUGAUCACGGGGCCAUUCGACACACCGUACGAGGGCGGCUUCUUCCUCUUCCUGUUCCGCUGCCCCCCCGACUACCCUAUCCACCCACCGCGGGUCAAGCUCAUCACCACUGGACACAACACUGUCCGCUUCAACCCCAACUUUUACCGCAACGGCAAGGUCUGCCUAAGCAUCCUGGGGACAUGGACAGGCCCAGCAUGGAGUCCAGCCCAGAGUAUCUCAUCUGUCCUCAUCUCCAUCCAGUCUCUGAUGACGGAGAACCCCUAUCACAAUGAACCUGGCUUUGAACAGGAGCGCCACCCAGGGGACAGUAAGAACUACAACGAGUGUAUCCGCCAUGAAACCAUGAGGGUGGCUGUGUGUGACAUGCUGGAGGGCAAAGUCCCCUGUCCUGAAGCUCUGUGGAGUGUGAUGGAAAAGUCCUUCCUAGAAUACUAUGAUUUCUACGAGGGAGUCUGCAAAGAGAGACUGCAUCUACAGGGACAGAACAUGCAGGACCCAUUUGGCGAGAAGCGGGGUCGUUUCGACUACCAGGGCCUGCUGGCUCGCCUCAGCGCCACGCACAGGCGAAUACGGGAGAAAAGCCUGGCAGAGGACGACCACAACGACGAUGAUUCAGACUCUGAUACCAGCUCCUCUGGGACAGACCCUGACAGCCAGGGCAGCUCUCAGCCCUGACUUCCUGGACAGUGCUGGACUCCAGAGCCAACUCCAAAGCCAGGCCUAGAACUAAAGACAAAGGGAUCUUUUUGUUUUGUUUUGUUUGCAGUGGAGGAACAAAAUCAGAAGAAAAAUCAGAAAAUCACAGAGGAGAAUACGUUUAAUGCUUUAGUGAGUUCAGGAUUGGAAUCAAGCUUCUGUUGUAUGGAUGUUGCUAGUCAAAUGCUGGCAAAUUUGGCCUGGAGCGGUGUAAUUGUGCUACUUUUGUAGCUAUAACCAGCUGUCAUUUUGAUGUCCUGUUUGAUUCUUAAAAAAAAAAAAACGUUGGCUGCCCAAAUGCUUGAUAAAUGUUGAGAUUAAUCAGCCAUUGUUGCUUGUGGAUAUAGAAGGUUAGUUUCAUGGCUCAAACCUCAAACUUGCACUGUAGAAAUGGACAAAAGAAGACAUUGCAACAUUCUAAGACAGUUGUUCCACUUUGACCCACAAGCCUAAACAGAAAUCUAGGCAGUUUAUACUCUUGACCUAGGAAAGACUGUCUGUUGGGGAUCUGGAAGGAGAAGGCCUGGAGCUCACCUUGGCUUUGAAGUCGAGGCAGGUUUGGGCCAGACAAAGGGACCUUACAAUGGGAAAGUGGUGUGAUUGUGUUGCAGUGGAAGGUGAUGGUGUUUAUCAAAACAGGCUCUCUUUCAAAGUAGUCCCGUCUUCUUUGAAAUCAAGAGGGCAGGGAGGAAAGAUGGACCUUUAACACAAUGUAAGGUAGUUGGAGAAAGUGACUCUUUGCAAGACUUUGCGAGUCAUGUGCCUUGUCUCCUCCGGCCAGAGUGAAGCCACUCCACAGCUCUUUCACACUGAACCUCAGCUGCCUCUGCAGCCAGGCCAUAAAAAAAAACAUCAGCACCUCGCAACUCUGAAUACGAUUCCUGUGUAUUAUACAAAAAAUUCUGCUUAGCUUUCAGUUCUAAUAGUGCUGUUGAAUUGACAGUAAAUCUGUUUAUCAGAAGCCGUUAGAGAAAUGUCAGUUUCAGUGACAUCCACCUUUAUACCCUUUAUUAUGCUGUUUUCUCAUUGUUGUGCUGAAACUAAUUUGCAGUGUUAGGGUGCAUUGUUUAUUUGGAAAUCCUGCAGUUCGUUGGGUUUAGGCUCUUGUGAUACGUCAAGAUACAAACCAAACCAUCCUGUGCUUUAGUUAGAUCCACCUGGGCUCAGGGGAAAUAAUGGAGGCAAGUAAAAGUAACUUUCCAUGUGUUCACACUGCAAGUAACUCAAGUCACUCUGUUCUGUCUGAAUGAGUGGACCGACCAAAGACUUUGGCUGCAUCUAUACAGCGAUGUACACAGCAGGCUAAUCAAGCCUUUUCACUGCUUUGGUAUUGGUUUCUACAUAAAUUGAUACUUAAAAUACUUAGAUGGCAUUUGCUGACUAAGUAGCUUUUGUUGAAAAUAAACAGAUAACUCAACCAAUAUUAAUUUGUUGCUUCAGAUGUAAGCUUUUCAGCACUAGAUGUCAGGCUUGACACAGAUUUGGGUUGGUCAAAAACAUCAGUAGGGGAAAUAAGACGAUGAAGAAAUCUGAAAUCGGGCACUGAUUAGCCAACCUUUUUCAGCUAACAGUUUGUUUUAUCUGGGCGCAAAAACCGACCAAGUUUCACUCGUCAGUGACACAGGAAAUGAAUAGGCUUGUUGACAGCAUUGCUUGCAAUGUGAACACAGUGAGGGGUGUUCUCUAAGAAGAGAAGGGAGCAGAGUUUGUAAGGAUUUAUGAGCGGAGGAAACACUCAAAACACUUCACAUACCUUAUGUACGUUGAAGGUGUUAUUAGUGUCUGUAAUCAUUCCACCUGUUUAUACUGGCUGUGAAGAGAUCCCUUUCUAGCUUGUCUCAGCUAUUAGACAUGGGACAAAAUCUACAGUUUAUUGCAAUUUUGUGCUGGUAAUGCUCCACCAUGGCUCAAGGAAACACUGUCAGUGGAAACAGGGAAAUUUGUACUAAAAAGACUAACAUAUGAGGCCAGUCAAAUCAAGUGGUAUCUUCCAGUAAGCUUCAGGUGCAUUUUUGCGCUGAACGUUAGGCAGGAAUCUCUUCACAGGCAGUACAGAGAGGAGAAACGAUUAUACUGAGUUACAAGUACCAAACUCUUCCAAAGUGCACACAGGAUGUGAGUAUUGUUUUGAGAUAGUUGAAAGUGAACUUAUUCACUUUCUUGCCGAGAAUUAGAUGAGAAGAUUGAUAUCACUCUCGUGUCUGUAUGUUAGAUAUGAAGCUACAGCCAGUUAGCUUAGCUUUGCUUAAAGACUGGAAACAGGGUCAAACAGCUAGUCUGUCUCUGACUGAAGGUAACAAAAUCCACCUACUAGCACCUCCUAAGCUUACUAAUUAACACAUUAUAUCUUUGUUUAAUCUAAAAAAAAAAAUGUGUAAAAAUGACAACUUGCCAUUUCACAGAGAUUAUAUGCAAAGAUAUAAUCAGGAACAUUAACACCCCCCACCCCCUAUAAAAAAUAUAAUAUAACAUACAACAACAUACAACAUAUAACAUGUUAAUUAAUGAGCAUUAGAGGUGCUGGUCGGGGUUGGGAGGAUUUUGUUACUUUUGGACAGAGUCAGGCUAGCUGUUUCCAGUCUCUGUGCUAAGCUAAGCUAACUGGCUGAUGGUCUCAUACUUACAUCACAACAUACUCUGCCAGAAAGAAAAUAAGUGUAUUUCCCAAAAUCUUGAACAAUUUCUUUACAUCCAAAUACAGACUCUUUAACUUCAGCAUACCACUCUUUUCAAGAAUCUUUUCAACAUGGUGAGACCAGGGGUCAGAGAAAUGAAUGACUGUUGUGCUUGUUGUAUUUACUUUCUGCCUUCCAUUUUCCUCUGUCUCAGGCUUUAGUUCUCUACAGCCAUGUUGAUGGAGAGAAGAGUAGUUUGCCUCUGCUGUCAGUGUUUUGUCAAACCCUGGUUCACUGGCAUGGGUUAGGUUGCUACAGAUUCAAUUGGGAUCACUAAUAUAGGGCAUUCCAUUUUAUUUGUUUUAUUAUGGUUAUAUGGGAAGCAGCUCCUUGCAGAAUAUAUGUGAUUGCCAAAAUGUCGAUUGCAGGAAAAUUCCUGAAGUGGAAGUGAAGAAAUCAUAUCCCUGUUUGGUUGUGUUGUGUUGUACUUAAAGCAGGGUUUUUCUGUGGCUGUAUAAAGCCUGGAUUACUGACCGAAGUGAUCAUUUCCAGGUCUUGAAAAUGUUGGUGUUGUACAGAAGUUCUGGAAAAGUACAGAAUAAAAUGUUAAGUCCUGA